ACUCGCUCUCUCCCCGCCUCCUCGCCGCCCACUCCCGCUCUACCUAGGGCUUCCCUCUCCCCUGCUCGGCGGCGGCGCGGCGAAGUCCAACCAGGCCCCCACCGGAGCUCCGACCAUGGGCGGCGAGAAGGAGAACCUCGACCUCUCCGACCUCAACACCUCCCUCCCCGCCGCCGCCGCCGCCCUCAGCGCCGAGGACCGCGUCGGCCUCGUCAAUGCCCUGAAGGACAAGCUGCAGAGCUUGGCGGGGCAGCAUGCGGACGUGCUCGAGUCGCUCUCGCCCAAUGUCAGGAGGCGUGUUGAGUUUCUGAGGGGCAUUCAGAGCCAACAUGAUGAGAUUGAGACGAAGUUUUUCGAGGAACGGGCUGCCCUUGAAGCCAAGUACCAGAAGCUGUAUGAACCAUUGUAUGCUAAGAGGUAUGACAUUGUAAAUGGAGUUGUGGAGGUUGAUGGUGUUGCUAAAGAACCUACCACUGAAAAUGCUGCUGAGGGGGGAGAUUCAGAUGGUAUGAAAUCAAAGUUUGCACUUCCUCUUAGAGAUCACCAUUCUGAUGUGCUGUUAACCUCUUUUUCAGCUAAAGGUGUCCCAGAUUUUUGGCUCACUGCUUUGAAAACAAAUGACGUGUUGACUGAGGAGAUCCAAGAGCGUGAUGAGCCUGUUUUGAAAUAUCUAAAGGAUAUCAAGUGGUCUAGAAUUGAUGACCCUAAGGGUUUCAAGCUUGAGUUUUUCUUUGAUACAAACCCUUUCUUCAAGAACUCUGUCCUAACAAAAUCCUAUCAUAUGGUUGAUGAGGAUGACCCAAUUUUGGAGAAAGCAAUCGGGACUGAAAUUGAGUGGUAUCCUGGGAAAAAUGUGACACAGAAGAUUCUAAAGAAGAAACCCAAGAAAGGUUCAAAGAACACCAAGCCUAUUACUAAAACUGAAGAGUGUGAGAGCUUCUUCAACUUUUUCAGCCCCCCACAAGUACCUGAGGAUGAUGAGGACAUUGAUGAAGAAGCCGCUGAUGAGCUUCAGGGUCAAAUGGAGCAUGAUUAUGACAUUGGGUCUACCAUAAGGGACAAGAUCAUCCCUCAUGCUGUUUCUUGGUUUACGGGCGAGGCUGUGCAAGCUGAGGAUUUUGAUGAUAUGGAAGAUGGUGACGAGGAUGACGACGAUGAGGAUGAUGAUGAUGAUGAUGAAGAAGAUGAUGAGGAUGAGGACGAUGAUGAGGAUGAGGAUGAAGACGAGGAAGAGCUAAACAAGCCAACAAAGAAGGUGGCGGGCAAACCGAAGGGACCUUCAAAGGGUGGCGCGCAAGGGAACGCCGAGCAACCGACUGAGUGCAAGCAGCAGUAGAAUUUGGUGGAUGCAGUUGCAUUAUUUUCCCAUUGAACUGCCCAGGGGGAAGGAGCUUUUAUGUUGGUUGUGUUGUGCACGGGUCAGACGUUUGGUGUGGGAUAUUACCGUAGGCAUGGUUUUGUAUCUGGUGGCGAGGUGAUUGUGCUGGUGUGGAUGGAUGGUUUGGGACGGUCAUGUUAGCGCGUAUUCUUAUUAUGGUCUCUAGCUAUAUGCAGUCGAAGGACACCCUAAGAUUGUGUAAUUAUAUUUGAACUCGUAAUGGAGCCUUCUAGUAUUAUUUUUUGUGCCA